CGAACUCAGGGACUCGAUAGCGAGGUUACGAGAGAGAGUGAAGCUAGUAUGCCGAACGAGGGGUUCCCCGCCCCCAAGGGUGCACUGGCUGAAAGACGGUAUACCGCUGCACCCUCGCAGAGGCCUGAGGAUUCAACACAAACGGCGGAGAUCGAAAGUGGUGAUAUCCUCCGCGAAGCCCGAGGACAGCGGCAGAUACGAGUGCGUAGCCGAGAGUACUUCCGGUCAUCGGGCCUCACUCGCGGCCCAGCUUCUAGUCGCUCACGAUACGAGAAUUCCGGAAACCACGACGGCGGCCUGGCCGAGGCAGGAGCAGCCGUGCCCGAUAGCUGGAGACUUUUGCAUGAACGGUGGUACCUGCCUGUUUUUCGAGACCGUCGGUGAACCAGCAUGCAGAUGCGCGGAAGGCUUCACGGGUCUGCGGUGCGAGACGAAGGACGUCAUCAGCACCGGAAGUGUGUACAACCGGCGUAGGGCGCCGUUUUCCUGCAAGCUGGGACUCUCGACCUCGUACUACUGCUAGCGAUAAUCGCGCGGGGCCCUUCCAUUCUGAGUAGACCC